AUGGUUUCUACUCCAGCACAGAAAAAAUUGACAAAGGAAUACAGAUCCAUUCAGGCUAGUCCCCCUCAGUAUAUUGUGGCCAAGCCUAGUGACGCCAAUAUUCUUGAGUGGCACUAUGUGAUCACUGGCCCGCCAAAGACACCUUAUGAAGAUGGCCAAUAUCAUGGGAUACUUCGGUUUCCCAAGGAAUACCCCUUUUUGCCACCCAGCAUUAUAAUGAUAACACCACUGGGACGGUUUCAGUGUAAUACAAGACUUUGUUUACUGAUAAGUGAUUACCAUCCCGAUACUUGGAAUCCAACAUGGUCAGUUCUGACUAUUUUAGUUGGACUUUUAAGUUUUAUGACUGGUGAUGAAACUACAAUGGGGUCGAUUACGACUUCUGAUUAUACCAAAAUACAAUUAGCACAAGCUUCAAAAGCAUGGAAUUGUUCAGAAAAUGUGAGGUUCAGACAACAGUUUCCAGAAUUAUAUCAACAAAAUCUUCUGUAUGUGAAACAAAAGAAACUUGAUGAGGAUACUGCAGCAGCUGUGAAAGCAGCAGCAGUAGCCGCAAAGUCGGUAAAGUCUGAUGCAAAUAGUGGUACCAUCAAUUUGGAUGAAUUAGAUCUUGAAGAUAGAAUCCGUAUAUUACUGGAAAAUGAGAUUAAGGGAAGAGAUAAUGGUGGAAUUAAUAAUCGUGAACAAAAUGAUGGAUUACUCAAGCUAGUUCAACGGUUUUCUAUGUUGGGAGUAUUUGUGGCUGUUGUGGCUGCAUUUGCCAAUUAUUUUAGAUCAUAA